AGAAGUACAGCUUGAGAAAUUAAACUUUGAAAGCUGGAAUGAUGAUUAUCAAGAAAACUGGCCUGAGCAUCAACAAGAAAAUGAAAAACUAUGGAACUGUAAUGAAAAAGAAUCCACUUGUUCAAUGAACAAUGAAGAGGUUGAAGAACCAACUAUUUCACUAUUUAUUGAACAAGAGAAUCUUUCUAAGGUUUCAGACAUAGUUGUUGAAAAGACUAAUGAAAAUUACUUUGAAUUUGGAUUAUUGGUUCUGGUGUUAAUAUUGAUGCCCUUUUCAGUAGUGUUGAGCUGGAUUUGCAGUGUUCAACUAAUAUAUAGAGCAAAAUUCUUGUUGGCAAAAUUGAGAUUAGCAGACGGUGAUUAUAUUACUUUUCUUGAUCCUCUCUUGAUAAAAUAUAGCCAGACUUCAAUUAGAGAUGUUUUUCAAUACUCCAAUAGACCUAUUGAAGACACGAUAAACCAAAUAUUAGAUGAUGGAAUUGAUUGUUUGAAGAAUAUACCUGCUAUUGAAGUUUGUUUCAUUAAUGAAAUAUAUUAUUCUUCAGAUAAUUGA